AUGGACAGAGUUGACGCCGAACGCGCGCGCGAGUUGUCACUAUUUCGCCCGCUGGGCUACCAAAAGAACUCGUGUGGUUACUGCAAGUCCAAAGAUGGAAGUGAAUCGUACUACGCCAAUUCAACCUCCGUACGCCCGGAACAUUACGAGGACCUGAUUAAUGCUGGUUGGCGGCGAUCGGGGAGCCUCUACUACAAGCAAAAUCUACUGCGAUCAUGCUGCCCCCACUACACGCUACGACUAGAGGCAUCUGCUUACCGGCCCCGUCGUGACCAGCGUAAGGCCAUCAACAAAUGGAACAAGUUCAUCCUAGGCCCCGAGUACAUGCGCAAAGCUGCCCGGCUCUGCCCCCGCACUCGCGAAGAGAAGAAGCACCGCAAAUGCAACUUUGACCUUCUGUCGGCUGUCCACCAGAGCGAGUACGACCAGGUCAAACGGCCCAUCGACCCUGCUACCAAGCGUCCGAUCGAACCGGCGCACCGGUUCGAAGUGAGUUUCGAAGGUGACUCGGUGUCUCAGGCCAAGUUUGAGCUGUUCCGCAAGUACCAAACGGCCGUCCAUAAAGAGGACGUCUCCCACUGGAAACCCAAAGACUUCCAACGCUUCUUAUGCACGGGCCUCACGAGAACUCCCAAUCCACUGACAGACAAGAAUGCUUCAGAGAAGAAACUUGGAUCCUGGCACCAAUGCUAUCGACUUGAUGGCGAGCUCAUUGCCGUUGCGGUGCUGGAUUUGUUACCCAGCGGCGUGAGCUCUGUUUACGUCUUCUACGAUCCCGCCUACGAACAAUGGGAAAUCGGGAAGCUGAGUGCCAUGCGCGAAAUUGCCUUCUCGAUGGAGAACCAGUACCAGUACUACUACAUGGGGUACUAUAUUCACUCCUGCGUGAAGAUGCGGUACAAGGCCAAUUUCCGCCCUCAGUACAUCCUUGACCCUGAAUCUGGCGACUGGGACCCUCUCGAUGGCGAACUGACGGAGAAGCUCAAUUCCCGUUCCUAUGUCUCUAUGUCCCGGGACCGAUCAUCUAAUCCUGCGCCUCUGCCCUCGGAGAAGGAUACUGAUACUGAUCUCAAUGCGGAAGACGUAUCCCUCUUUGAUAUCGGCAUGCCGGGCGUUCUUACACUGGAGCAAGUGAAAGAAUUGGAUCUGGAUCACUGGUUGCUGUUCUUCAACAAUAACUUUGUCCACAUGAACGAUUUGGUUAAAUGGGAGAGCAUGUCGAUGACCGAGCCAAUGUCCAUCAAGGGGAUCAUUGCUGACUUGGCGGCAGUUCUUGGCCCUAAGGUCGUUCGGAACAGUGCAGUGGACUUGUUUGGUUGA